CUAGCGAGUCUCCCUUCAAGCCAUCGUGUUAGCUCGGUGUGCCCCCGUGAAAUGACAGAGCCUUCUGCCCAAAUGCCAAGAAAAGAGGAAGUCUGCUGCUGAAAGGUCUUCGUCUGCGCCUUCUAAUUGUUGUUUACUUAGUGCCAGGAGAGCAUAAGAUAAACUCAGAGACAUGUUUGAAGACAAGAUCUUGGCAGAAAGUGACUUUUUCCUUCUGCUGCUUGCUCCUGCUGGAUCCUACAAAGCUUUGGCUCAAGUUUUGGCAGGAGGCCCUAUGAGAAGAAGGGAAAGCUAAGGAUGCUGGAGCAGAACAAUGGAUUUCUCUUUCUCUUUCAUGCAAGGGAUCAUGGGAAACACAAUUCAGCAACCACCUCAACUCAUUGACUCAGCCAACAUCCGCCAAGAGGAUGCCUUUGAUGCCAGCAGUGACAUCGCUGAAGAUGGUGGACAAACACCAUAUGAAACUGCCCUACAGCAAGGCUUUCAAUACCCUACACCCACUACGGAGGAUCUUCCGCCAAUCACUAAUGGCUAUCCACCAACAAUCAAUAUGUAUGAACCUCAAGCCAAAUACCAGGCGUACAGUCAGUAUCCCAAUGGUUCAGCCAAUGGUUUUGGUACAGUUAGAAACUUUAGUCCCCCGGAGUAUUACCAAAUGGAAAACUCUAAUGCAAGGCCACAUGAAGUUCUGGAAAAACCUUCCCCUCCACAGCCGCCACCUCCACCGCCACCUUCAGUUUCACAGACAGUGAUUCCAAAGAAGACUGGCUCACCAGAGAUCAAAUUAAAAAUAACCAAAACUAUCCAGAACGGCAGGGAAUUGUUUGAGUCCUCUCUGUGUGGGGACCUUUUAAAUGAAGUACAAGCGAGUGAGUAUGCUAAGGCGAAACAUGAAGGGAGAAAAGAGAAAAGGAAAAAAAGUAGCAAGCAUGACUCUUCCCGAUCGGAAGAGCGCAAGUCGCACAAAAUUCCAAAAUUAGAACCAGAGGAACAAAAUAGACCAAAUGAGAGGCUUAGCAUGGUAUCAGAAAGGCCAAGAGAAGAUGCACUGUCAGAGGAAACACCGGUCCAGCAGUUCUUGCCUUCUCUUCCAACACAAGUCGCCCAUGAUGUCAAGUUUCAAGUUGGCGAUCUGGUUUGGUCCAAGGUGGGAACAUACCCAUGGUGGCCUUGCAUGGUUUCAUGUGAUCCACAGCUUGAUGUUCAUACCAAAAUUAAUACGAGAGGUGCCCGUGAAUAUCAUGUUCAGUUCUUUAGCAACCAGCCAGAGAGGGCAUGGGUGCAUGAAAAGCGGGUUCGAGAGUACAAAGGACACAAACAGUAUGAGCAGUUAUUGGCUGAGGCUGCUAAGCAAGCCAGCAACCACUCUGAGAAACAGAAGAUUCGCAAACCAAGGCCACAAAGAGAGCGUGCUCAGUGGGAUAUUGGUAUUGCCCAUGCUGAGAAAGCAUUGAAAAUGACUCGAGAAGAAAGGAUAGAACAAUACACCUUCAUUUAUAUAGACAAAGAGCCAGAGGAGGUUUUGUCAAAAACCAAAAAGACUGCUGCUUCUAAAUCAGAGGCUAAGAAGAACAGACGACCUAAGCCAGCGUUGAACACCCAGCUGGAACAUGCCAGUGUGGUAGCAUCAUCACCUUCAAAUGCUGAGGUGCGAAGACAAAGCCAAAGGAGGCAGUCAAGUGUGGAAGAAGAGGAGUCACCUCCUGUGAAAAUAGCGUGGAAAACUGCUGCAGCUAGGAAAUCUUUACCAGCUUCAGUAACCAUGCACAAGGGGACCUUGGAUCUUCAAAAAUGUAACAUGUCUCCAGUUGUUAAAAUUGAACAGGUUUUUGCUCUUCAGAAUGCUGCUGGGGAUGGAAAACUCAUCGAUCAGUUUGUUUAUUCUACUAAGGGAGUUGGUAGCAAAACAGAAAUAAGUGUCAAAGGACAAGACAAGCUUAAUUCUUCAUCAAAUCAGAGAACAGAAAAAACAACUGUGCAAAAUGCGUCCUCUCCUGAAACAACUUCUGGGUCUACAGGUUCUGUAGAAAAGAAGCAACAGAGAAGAUCGAUUCGAACCCGCUCAGAGUCUGAGAAAUCCACUGAAGUUGUGCCAAAGAAGAAGAUCAAAAAGGAGCAGGUUGAAAUGGUACCACUGACUGCAGUGAAGACAGGAUUACAGAAAGGUGCCAGCGAGAUUUCAGAUUCCUGUAAACCUUUAAAGAAAAGGAGUCGUGCCUCAACUGACGUAGAACUGACUAGCUCAGCUUACAGAGAUACAUCUGACUCUGACUCAAGAGGACUUAAUGAUUUACAGGGUAGUUUUGGAAAACGUUCAGACAGUCCGUCUGCUACCGCUGAUGCGGAUGCUUCUGAUGUACAGUCAGUAGACUCUAGCUUAUCCAGGAGAGGAACUGGAACAAAUAAAAAAGACACUGUUUGUCAGAUCUGCGAAAGUUCCGGUGAGUCUCUGGUGUCCUGUGAAGGCGAGUGUUGCGGUGUCUUUCAUAUGGAGUGUCUAGGCCUGAAGUCAAUGCCUGAUGAGAAGUUCAUCUGCAUGGAGUGUAAAAAUGGAGAACAUACAUGCUUUGCAUGCAAACUUCCUGGCAAAGAUGUGAAGCGUUGUUCUGUCAAUACGUGCGGUAAAUUUUAUCAUGAGGCCUGUGUUCGCAAGUUUGCCACUGCUCUCUUCGAGUCACGAGGAUUCCGUUGCCCGCAGCAUUGUUGUACUGCCUGCUCAAUGGAUAAGGAUAUUCAUAAAGCGAGUAAAGGUCGCAUGGUGAGAUGUUUCAGAUGUCCCAUUGCCUAUCACUCAGGAGAUGGCUGUGUUGCUGCAGGAAGCUUGUUUGUGUCAUCCCACAUUCUCAUCUGUAGUAACCAUUCCAAAAGGAAUCACUCCUCAUCAGCUGUAAAUGUAGGCUUUUGUUUCGUUUGUGCAAGAGGGUUGGUAGUGCAGGAUCAUUCAGACCCCAUGUUCAGUUCAUAUGCCUAUAAGUCCCACUACCUACUGAAUGAAUCAAAUCGUGCUGAGUUGAUGAAAUUACCUAUGAUUCCUCCUCCUUCGUCAGCUUCCAAAAAGAAAUGUGAGAAAGGUGGAAAACUAUUGUGCUGUGAAUCCUGCCCAGCUUCCUUUCACCCUGAGUGUCUCAACAUUGACAUGCCUGAAGGUUGCUGGAAUUGCAAUGACUGUAAAGCUGGCAAGAAACUACAUUACAAGCAGAUUGUUUGGGUCAAGCUUGGAAAUUACAGGUGGUGGCCAGCAGAGAUCUGCAAUCCCAGGUCUGUGCCUCUCAACAUACAGGGCCUCAAACAUGAUAUCGGGGACUUCCCAGUAUUUUUCUUUGGUUCACAUGACUACUAUUGGGUACACCAGGGCAGAGUUUUCCCUUAUGUUGAAGGAGAUAAAAGCUUUGCUGAGGGGCAAACUAGUAUUAACAAGACCUUCAAGAAAGCACUUGAAGAAGCAGCAAAACGCUUCCAGGAGCUGAAAGCACAAAGAGAAAGUAAGGAAGCAUUAGAAAUUGAAAGGAAUUCAAGAAAACCUCCACCUUAUAAACAUAUUAAAUCCAACAAAGUAAUAGGAAAGGUUCAGAUUCAGGUAGCUGAUCUGUCUGAAAUCCCUCGCUGUAACUGCAAGCCAUCUGAUGAGAAUCCGUGUGGCCUAGAAUCAGAGUGUCUGAACAGGAUGCUACAGUAUGAGUGCCAUCCGCAGGUUUGCCCAGCAGGAGAGCGAUGUCAAAACCAGUGUUUCACCAAAAGACUUUACCCUGAUGCUGAAAUCAUAAAAACUGAUCGACGUGGAUGGGGUCUCAGGACAAAAAGGAACAUUAAAAAGGGUGAAUUUGUGAACGAAUAUGUUGGUGAGCUAAUAGAUGAAGAAGAGUGCAGGUUGCGAAUCAAACGUGCGCAUGAAAACAGUGUAACCAAUUUUUAUAUGUUAACUGUUACAAAGGAUCGAAUAAUAGAUGCUGGCCCAAAGGGGAAUUACUCUCGUUUUAUGAACCACAGCUGUAAUCCAAACUGUGAAACGCAGAAAUGGACAGUGAAUGGUGACAUUAGAGUCGGACUUUUUGCUCUUUGUGAUAUUCCUGCAGGAAUGGAGUUAACAUUUAAUUAUAAUUUGGAUUGCCUGGGCAAUGGUAGGACUGAAUGUCAUUGUGGAGCAGAAAACUGCAGUGGCUUUCUAGGAGUGCGCCCAAAGACAGCAUUUGCAACAGCAAAUGAGGAAAAGGUAAAGAAUGCGAAAUUAAAGCAGAAGAAACGGAAAAUAAAAACAGAACAGAAGCAGAUGCAUGAAGACAACUGUUUCCAGUGUGGAGAUGGGGGAGAACUAGUUAUGUGUGAUAAAAAGGACUGUCCCAAAGCAUACCACCUCCUAUGCCUUAACUUGACUCAACCACCUUUUGGAAAGUGGGAAUGUCCAUGGCAUCAAUGUGACAUCUGUAGCAAUCCUGCAGUUUCAUUCUGUGAGUUUUGCCCCCAUUCAUUCUGUAAAGAUCAUGAGAAGGGAGCCUUGGUGGCAUCAGCGUUGGAUGGCCGUCUCUGCUGCUCCACACAUGACCCCAAAUCUCCUGUGGCACCUGAAUACUGGAACAAGAUUAAGUGCAAAUUGGAAUCACAGAAUCCUGUAGAAGAAGCAAAGGAGUGAAUUUGUUUAAAAAGCAAGGGAGAGAAGAGGGGCAAAUAGGUGAUGAACUUGAAGAGACUGCUAUUGACACGUUCAGUCUUUAUCAUCAGAGCCGCCUUGUUUGAACUGGGAAUGGGACCAUUUAAUCUUAGCCAGCAGAAGCAGGCAGUGAUGUUUUUUUAUUGUUUGGUCUGUCUUUUACUCUUGAAUGUGCUACAGCAGCUCUUACUCUUGGAAAACAGGAACAUCUUGGCCUUCUUAAGAAAAAAAGUAGACCUUCUGACAGUGAGAAGAAUACUCUGUUUAAAAUAUGUUCUUUGAGUGUAGAAAGCAAAGCAUAGCAACAUAUUUAUUUAUUUAAUUUUUAAAGGAUGUUGAGGAUUGGAUUUUGAUCAGUCAGCAUGUCUUUAAAAAAAAUAGCAAAACCAACGUAAUUUUUAUGUCUAGUUUAUGAGAGAAGAAUAAAUCCUCCCCACUCUGUGUGACAUUCAGCUGCCAUAAAAACAGAUGUGGGUUUCAGACCAGGUGACAGUGAAAUGCCUUCAUUCCAGUACUUAUCUCUUAAAGGCAUUUUGAGAAGGUAGGUUAUAUAUCGUAUUAACUUAUGAAUAUUACUGUAAAGCUUUCCCUAUGAGAAAUCAGGUGUAUGACUUUUUAGAAGUGUUUAUGACACAAGGUUUAAUAUCUUUUAAAAGGGAAGAAAUCAUGGUUCCUUGCUUGAGAGCUGUAAUCAGUGGUGUUUGCAGACAGGAGGAAAUUCAGAAAGAGCUUAAUUGCACAAUGUUCACUUCUCUGCCUCACCUAAUUUGGAAAACCUGCCUAGUUAGGAGAGCCUUCUAGCCUCAGUCACAUACUGCAGUGCACUUAUAAUUGAAGUCUUAACCCUGCCAGUGGGAGCACUAUCACUGACUUCAUUGGAUGCAGAAUUGUUUUGUGCAUAUAUAUAUUUGUCAUCUGCCAAGUCUGUACUUGUUUUAUGACAAUUACGAUAGAGUGAUUCUUUAUUGCCUUCUUAAGCUCCCAUUAGCUCCAAAGGGAGUUUCAGUGCUUAAGGAAUCAGACCAUAUGUGUAUGUGUUUUGGUGGAAUGUUUGGGUUUUUUGCUGAGAGAGACAGAUAUUCUAACUUUAAUCUCCAUUAUUAAUGGAGUUAAGGAAAAUCAGUUAUUUCCCAAGAGCACUUCUUCAAUGAACAGGGUAUUUUCUGUAUCUAUGUAAUGGGCUGUACUCACAGCAGCCAACUUCAGCCUCAGGAGAUGGAUCUCUCUUGGCUUUCCUCUGUAAUCAGUAGAGAGACCGGCUUCUUUGCAAGUGUUUUGAAGUGGCUUCGGUAGGUAACUGGUCCAGGUUUUCCCUUGAAAAACCUAUCUUUCUCCGUUUGCUGUGCAAAGAGCCUAGGAGGGUAAGUUUCCCCAGGCUGAAGUUAGUCUUUUGUGAAUCUCCUACCCUACCUAGCCUGAAAUCUUGGAAAGCACUGUGCAUUUUUUCCUGCCCCGGUAUAGUUAAAGAGUAUACUUUUGAUUUUUAUGCUGAUAUUCACUAACUUUUUGAUAGCUUUUUGCUAAUGGGAGUUGAAAAUAACUGUGAGUGAAAGGAGUUAGUAUGUGUUGCUGGAACUUGGCUAAAUUAAGCUGCUUAAUUCUCAAGAACCUUGUCUCUGAAAACCUGCUUACCUAAACCUACAGGAAUAUGUUGACAUCUCAGUUCCACAAAAGAACAGGCUGUGGGAUUUUGGAACACAUCUUAUCUUUGGCUGGUGCCCUUCUCAUUCUCAAACUUAUGUACAAGGGAACAAAUGUUUUUGUGUGCAAUUUAAAAUUAUAAAAUACACUACAAUCUCGUUAAGCAGCUACUGUGCCAUUUUAACUGAUCUGGCAGUUCAUCUUCUGAACAGUUUGCAGAUGCCUUUCUACAAGCUUUUGGGUGUCUUGGAUUGCAUAGUUGCAUAGGUAUCUCUUUGGGUCAGUUUUUGGUACAGAAGGUUAAUGGGAUAUACAGAGCACUUCACCUUCUUGUGGUCAAUACUAAAGCAAAUCUCUAAAACACUAAUCUUGCUUGAAAGCAGUGCUAUAUUUUGGUAUUUUUUACAAAAAACUACAAAAAGGAUUUUAUUUUUCUUAACAUUUUUGUGUGAUAAAUGUCUGUUUUUAAGCUCUUAGAGAGGGUGUUUAACCUUUUCAGAAAUUCAAACACAGCUCUUGCUACAGUGUCUGUAAGGCGUGAUCUGUUUACUUUGUACUAUGUAUUAGGCUUGGUAAUGUUCAAAUGAUUUUUCUCUUGGAAAGUCAGAGCAUUCUAAGUAUUGCAAACACUAUGUAGUGUGAGUGUAUCUACAUGCUUUUUUCCAUUCUGUGUUAGUGAUAACUUACUGCACGGAGAGGAAUGGUGUGGUAGUGCCCAGAUGGCUCACAAGCAUUUGAAAUGUCAGUGAGCAGACGAUAUUCACCGAACGUUCAUUGCCGUGUGAAGUGUACUGCUGUGACGUACUGGUAUGCUGGUUAUCACAGAACAUGUGAAGGGUCACAGAAGGCUUAAAAACUUUGUAAGAUGCUAAGACUUAUGAGGCUGUUGCUACUUCUCUGCCAUUACAUUUGAUACCUUGGUUAACUUCUGUUUUCAAACUUCUCACAGGUGCUCCUUUUAUUUUUCUACGAAAAAUGGUUAAUUAGAGCAGCCAACAUUUGAGCUUGGAAUUGAAAGGGGAAGCAGGAGAUUGAUUUAUAUGCUUUUACAGUUGAUGAACAAAAAGCUUGGACUGGAUUUCACACUAUUGGCGAGAAGGUGAAUCUUUCAAAAGAUUUGAACUCUCUAAAGUAAGAAAACAUCGAAUUCAAAGUAAAUAGAGAAUUAUAGUGGGUUUGUUCUAUAUACUGAACACACAAUGUUAAAGUACACAUUUUAAACAUCUUCAUAGACUGAAUAGAACAAUAAUGCAAUUCUGUUUUAAGGAAAAGGUUUAACGGUGAUAUUUUAAUUAACUGGCAGAGGGGGGAAUCAGCUGUGGAAUUAAAUUUGUGGUCUGGAGUGAGAUAAAGAAGUAGUAUUAAAGUAGUUUAGGGGUGUAGUUUUAUGCUGAGGUUGAGGAGAUGUCUGCAGAGCUACUGGUGUUUUCAGUUGAUUUUUUUAAAUACGCUGUUCAAAACUAGAACACACAGUCACACCUUUCCCUUAGUUUUCUUUUAAAUAUUUGAAAUAGUAUCAUGCUUCUGGUUAGCACCUGACUCUUAUGUUAUCUAUGUAGUAAUGCAAUAUCUGAGCUGCUCUGUGAAGUUAACGGGAUUUUGUUGUUUACUGAAGCUUUUACUACACAGUAUGCACCUUAGCACAGAGCAGAAGUUCUGCAGGCCGUGGCCAAGUGGUGCUGUGGCUAGUUACUACAGUUUUCUAAAUACAUGGUGCAAGCAUUAGUUGUUGUAGCUCUCAGAUUAUUAGUAUAGAUUUGUCUUAUCAAUAGACUGUAAGACUUAAAGGCAUUUGCAGCUCAGGUCAAAGGCAGUUAAAGGCAAUUUUAUGGGCAAAUUACCUUCUCUGUUCACACCAUGGUCUUAGAGAAUCUGUUAAAAUGGAAUGAAAGGGCUGGAAUGUUUAAUUUUGGCCUUUCUGCUUAAAAUUUAUUGUAUCUUAAUUUCUGGGUAGAAUGGGAAAGACACAAUUACUAGACAUAAUUAACAGUAAGCAUAAAAUCUGUAUAUAUUGAAACUUUACAGAAAUAUUUGGGUAAGGUUGGGAGGAGGGUGGGAAAGGGGGGGAAUGUCCAACGCUGGUACGAAGUAGUCACUUUAACAUUGAAACCUCUGCCUCAUUGAAUUCAGGGUUUAAUGUACUUGAAGCUCUGCAGUUCCUUAUACAGCUUUUUUUUAUUUAUACAUAACUUUUUUUGUAUACUACAUUCAAAAUGUCUUUAACUUUCCUGAAAUUACUUUCUGCUCCCAGUGUACAGUGUAUGGCAAAUGGGAGAGAUUUUCAAAGCAGGUGUCUCAGACUUACAUAUGUUAAAGAAGUAUAUUGCAUGAGACACGCCAACCCUAUGUCCUGUUGCUUUCAGUUUUCCAUCAACUUUAUCCUACCAUAUAUUUUUGUGUAGCAAAAACAUUUGCACUUGUGAUACACUCCUAAACUUUGGAUGUAUUCAAAAUGUUGUUCUGAAAAAGUUUGCUGUUUCCUAUCAUGCUCUGUUCCUGAGUGGCAAACUCAGGUCCUUAUUACCCCUGUGAGGGGAUAUCUCACUGCUCUGGAGAGAGAGAGGGGGGAUUAUUAAGCUGAAACUAUGUAUCUGUGCUUUGCAUAGAAGACUUGUGUAAUUAAUGUGAAAACAAAAAGGGAAAAUGCAUAUGAAUUUGCCAAAGCCAUUCAUUCAUUCACUGUUCUCACGUGGCACUAACUGCGUGGGAUUUUUUUGUUUUUGUUUUGUUUUGGUUUUUUUUGUGCACAAGACUAAGAAAGAUGCCUUUUCUAAUGGUGUCUCUUCCAGCUUGAAAAAAGAUGGCUAUGUGUUUGAUCCUCUCCCAAACAUCUCUUACAUAGCUAGCACUGAACAUUUUUGAGGAAUUCUUGUUCACUUUUGAUUUAUAAACAGACUGGAUGAAAAAAAUGUUUCAUAUUCAUUGAACUGUAUCUCAUUUCUAGUGUCAUUUUUCAUUUUUAAAGUGAUCAUGUUGCCACAGAAAAAAGAUGAUAAAUAACUGUUUCAACUGGCUAGUAAUAAGAUUUUUUUGUUUGUUUGUUUUCUAUAAGGGUAUGUGCAUACUUGGGGUUGCUAUGAGAAACUAAACCAUUUGUUUCCACAUGAGUGAUAUUGCACAACACGGAUACCUACAGAUUCUGUUUUCAUUUCCAUGUAAUCUUUAUCUGUAACAAUGACCUUUGUAGAGUCGUUAUUUCUGUAGACUUUGUUUAUCUGUAACAAACUUUGUAGAUUCUGUGAAAUGUUAUUUUAACUAAAUCACUUGAGUCUUUAAUAGCGAAGCAUCAAUAUUCACUGAAGUCAAUAUCUUAAGAGUUUUUGGAAGUUGACUAGAAGCUCUUGACACUAACAAAGUAGUGUUAAAUUUCCCUGGCGAUGUUCCACUGGGGCAUUACUGUAUUAUGACUUGAUGUUGCCGCAUAGACUUUGAGAUAUAAAAUAUUUUGGGGGUUUUGUUGUUUGGCCUCUGUUCUCUUGCAUAGUGUGAAACCUGUAAAGCUUGGUUAACCUGUAUAUAGAUAGCUUAUUGUCAACUAGUUAUAGUGUAUUUAGAAUUGCCUGUAAUAUUUUAGCUUCUUACUGAAUGUGUGUGAUGGUAGGAACAUAUAAUUUUUGUACAUUAUAUUUACUGAGAUGUUGCCUUUUUUAUUUUACAAAUACUUUGGAAUUCAGAUGUGUUUUUGCUUCCGUGAGGAUUAAUUUGGAAAGGUUUUUAAUGACAUUCCACUGAUUUAAAAUUUUGCUUGAGGUUGACUUCAAUAAAUUGUUCUGGAUGUUCCGGU